GUUAAGAUAAUAUUAUGCGAAAUAAAAACAAAGAUUAAGCUCGUAGUAAAGUGGGAAUCACAUCAGAAUGGGACAGAAAAUUAUUUCGAGACUAUCUGGAUGAAUUGGUAUAAAAUAGGUGGUAGUGCUUGAAAUAGUCAGUUCGAGUUUGAUUUUGAUAAAAAACAGUGUAGUGGCACAGAGAACUAAUAACAUAAGAUGAUACUGAAGCUGUCAUUGAUCCUAUGUGUAACAUACGUGUGCUAUGCCGAAGACUCGGGUGAUUUCAGGCUGAAAAGGUCUCUUCAACCAGGUGCACCCAACAUCAACAAUGGUAACAAACAGCAGCCCUGGGAAGUCAGUCCUAACAUCAACCGAGAUGGAGCAGGAAAUGUGAGAACAGACAUCGAAGUACAAAAUCAUGGAAAGGAUCAUGAUUUCAAUGCUGGAUGGGGAAAGGUAGUUAGGGGCCCUGGAAAAGCUAAGCCCACUUGGCAUGCUGGUGGCACCAUUAGAUGGAGAAGGUCUCUGCAACCAGGUGCACCCGAUAUAAACAAUGGUAAAAAACAACAGCCCUGGGAAGUCAGUCCUAACAUCAAUCGAGAUGGAGCAGGAAAUGUACGAACAGACAUCGAAGUACAAAACCAUGGAAAGGACCAUGAUUUCAAUGCUGGAUGGGGAAAGGUAGUUAGAGGCCCUGGAAAAGCUAAGCCCACUUGGCAUGCUGGUGGUACUAUUCGAUGGAGGAGGUCUCUUCAACCAGGUGCACCCAACAUCAACAAUGGUAAUAAACAGCAGCCCUGGGAAGUCAGUCCUAACAUCAAUCGAGAUGAAGCAGGCAAUGUGAGAACAGACAUCCAGGUACAAAAUCAUGGAAAGGACCACGAUUUCAAUGCUGGAUGGGGAAAGGUAGUUAGGGGCCCUGGAAAAGCCAAACCCACUUGGCAUGCUGGUGGUACCAUUAGAUGGAGGAGGUCUCUGCAACCAGGUGCACCCGAUAUAAACAAUGGCAAAAAACAACAGCCCUGGGAAGUCAGUCCUAACAUCAAUCGAGAUGGAGCAGGAAAUGUAAGAACAGACAUCGAAGUACAAAACCAUGGAAAGGACCAUGAUUUCAAUGCUGGAUGGGGAAAGGUAGUUAGAGGCCCUGGAAAAGCUAAGCCCACUUGGCAUGCUGGUGGUACCAUUAGAUGGAGGAGAUCUCUGCAACCAGGUGCACCCGAUAUAAACAAUGGCAAAAAACAACAGCCCUGGGAAGUCAGUCCUAACAUCAAUCGAGAUGGAGCAGGAAAUGUAAGAACAGGCAUCGAAGUACAAAACCAUGGAAAGGACCAUGAUUUCAAUGCUGGAUGGGGCAAGGUAGUUAGAGGCCCUGGAAAAGCUAAGCCCACUUGGCAUGCUGGUGGUACCAUUAGAUGGAGGAGAUCUCUGCAACCAGGUGCACCCGAUAUAAACAAUGGCAAUAAACAGCAGCCCUGGGAAGUCAGUCCAAACAUCAAUCGAGAUGAAGCAGGCAAUGUGAGAACAGACAUCCAGGUACAAAAUCAUGGAAAGGACCACGAUUUCAAUGCUGGAUGGGGCAAGGUAGUUAGAGGCCCUGGAAGAGCAAAGCCCACUUGGCAUGCUGGUGGUACCAUUAGAUGGAGAAGAUCUACGGACCAAGAAGACGAUCAACAAGAAAUUCCAGAAUCUCCACUGAGCUAAUAGAUGCGUCGAGAAUGAAGGGGCGAUUCAUUUUUGUUCAAUGUGUCAAAGCAAUUUUGUGUUCAUGUUCAUCAUUAUUUAUUCGCGUUCAAUAUUUUUUGUGAUAUAUGUUAAUAUUAGUUUCAUUUCAAUAAAUCUUGCCAUAAUAGU